AUGAACAACGAGCAGUUCCGACGGUUGCUUGUCGACCAAGCGGCUGCAAAGCCCAAAGAACAGGGUGCAAGUCCCGCAGCCAAUGCUCCCCGAGGGGGCGCAACCCCAGGUGGGUUGCUUGGUUCGCGAAUGCGGUCCAACAUCCCCAUGACUCCACGUUCCGUAGGAGGCGUGGACUUUGCGCGCCAGCUCGCCGAGAAAACCCGCGAAGCCGAUGGCCGACCCUCCAAGCGCUUCAAGUCAUCUGCUGCCCCCAAAGGUACUGCAAUGCCGACCGGCUACCAAGAUCGUGCAAAAUUGCGCAGCACAAAAGAAGAAGAUGAGAAGAAUGAAACCAUCGAGACCCGAAUCAAAGCACUAGAAGACAUGGUGAAACUGGGGCAGAUCGACCAAUCUACAUUCGAUAACUUGCGUCGGGAGCUGGGUGUUGGCGGUGACCUAGGAAGUACACAUAUGGUUAAAGGAUUGGACAUGGAUCUGCUACGAAGAAUCCGAGCGGGAGAAGAUGUGUCGCAAACAGCCGAGAAACCCGCUCCGCCCCAACAGCAAGAGGAUGUAGACGAUGAAUUCGAGCGUCUGAUGGAGGAAAAAGGACAAGAGGAAAUUAUCGCUGCACCAAAAGAACAGAAGGAGAAGAAGAAGGGAAUCAUGGCACCACCGCCUGCAAGGCCAAAGACUCGUGAUGAAAUCCUGCGGGAGCUAAAAGCAAAGCGCGCUGCUGCUGCUGCGCCUCCGCCACCACCAGAGUCGACACUUGGGUCCAGAUUCAAGAAACUGAGUGAUGGCAAGCCCGAAAAGAAGCGAUUCGAGGAGAGAGAUGAGACAGGCCGUCGACGAGAGGUUCUCCUUAUCACUGACGCGGACGGAAACACCAAGCGGAAGACUCGAUGGCUUGAACCACCAGUUCAAACACCAGCUGAAACACCAGCUGCCGCAGAGGGAGAACUCCUUAUGCCCGACAAGACUGCCAAGCCCCUCGGUAUGGAGGUUCCUGCCGAUAUUGCCGCCCGUGCUGUCCAAGCAGCACCAGAAGACGAAGAUGACGAUAUCUUCGCCGGCGUUGGAGAUGACUAUAACCCGCUUGCUGGAAUCGAGGACGAUGGCUCAUCAGAUGAUGAAGAUGGUGAGGUGAAAGAUUCGACUCGCAAAUUGGAGAAAGAACCCGUCAGUGAAGACCAGUCUGAUCCGACAGCACCCACCAAACGCAGAAACUAUUUCGGGGACGAGCUACCAACCGAAACGGAAAGAGAUCGCUCCAACCCGUUCACCAAAGACCCUACCAUUCUCGCUACACUUAAGCGAGCUGCCGCUCUCCGACAAACCUCUCCCUCUGAAGGUGAGGAGGGCCAGUCAUCUGAGGCUGCCAUGCGACAGAAGCGAUUCAUUGAAGAGGCCCGUCGUCGUGAUGCGAUGGAUGCAGCUGAUAUGGAUAUGGGCUUCGGUGGAAGUCGCAACGAGGAUGGAGCCGAAGAAGACGACGGCCCUUUGCUAGAUUUCGAUGACGACGAAAAGCGAGGUGGUCAAAAGAGAAAACGCGGUCCCAAAAAGAAGAAGGGGGACAAAGAUAGUGUUACAGAUGUUAUGCGUGUCGUUGAGGGCCGCAAGAAAAACGCUUAG